GAACAGAAGAACAAUGACUGGAGAGCAUACUUCAGUAAUUUACGGUACCCAUUAUCCUAAUAGACUUUUUGUUGGUUGUCUUCCUCCUGAUGCAGGAGCUGAAGAUCUUGGUACGUUUUUUGCCAACUAUGGUAACGUAGUAGAAGCAAAAGUUGUUUUAGAUAAAUUUGGUGUUUCAAAGAGGUUUGGGUUUGUAACAUUCAGUAAUGCGGAGGAUGUUGAAACUCUUAUUAAUGGAAAAGAUGUUAUUUUUCAAGGGAAGAAAAUUAACGUAGGACCUGCUGUUAAGAAAAACGUAGAAAACAUGGAAAACAACAACAAUCAAUCAGCAGGGCAUGAAAACAGUCAAAACAAAGAUCUUGAACCCCCACAAUCAAUACAACAAAUACAACCAAUUCAUGUUGCUAAAACAAUUAUAAGAAAAUCUCCUCUGGAGACAUGUCAGCGCUUAAAUUAUGAGCAAGAUGAAAGCUCCUUUCAAUCAAUUUGGGGAAUUUCUAAUCAAAAAGUAUCAGUAUGGGGCCCAUUAAGUAAUAGUUUUUCUCAAUACACCUCAAAAUUAACUGAAAAACCCUCUAGUAUACUUGAUCAAACAAAUAAAAAACCAGCAUAUUACCAACGAUACUUUAAAAAUUCAAAGUAUACCCCAACUUUUAGCAACGGAUUGAGAGAUGGUACAUUUAUCCAUAGCCUUAGUAUAAACAAAUAAGCAGUUAACUUAUUUGUUUAUACAAAAGCUAUUUGCUUAUUUGUUUAUUCUAAAUAAUUUUUAAUGGUUUUUAAUAAUUUUAUUAAUUUUUAACAAUUUCUACUGACCCUUUGUAAUAGUUAUUUGUAAUGAAUAUUUUGUAAAUUUUUGUA